AUGAGCACUCAACCGAAUUCCAAGGACUCGAUGAAAUCCACUUGGCGCCGCUGGGACCGCAGCCAAUGGACCAUCUCGCACAAAAUCCUUGAACAUGCCAACGUCUACCAUGUCGACUUGGACAGGGAAGUGCCAGUCCACUCUAAACAAGACAAGGUACCAUACGUCUCCGACUGGUCACUCCAUCGCUGGAUCAUCAUCCAUGCCGCCAUCCCGCUUCUGCUCCACCAGCUCUAUACAUACGUCACCGGACACAACUUCGGCCCUAUAAUCGCUUUCUUUUAUUAUUACUAUGUCUCACGAGUCUUCACAAGUCGCGAGCUACGAAAUCUCCGUGAACUCGGCCACAAAUAUGGAUUUCUGGACGGCGAUAAACACGAGCGAGAUGGUGUGCCCGAUGUCGGCGUGUCAAAAGCCCUAACUUCGGUGAUGCUGGCAGGACUGCUGCGACCACUGAUGACGGUCUAUCUGACCUACAACGCAAAAGAAGCCCCCGCAUCCUUAGACUGGCGAUGGCUUCCGCUGGAAGUCAGUCUGUACGGAAUCAUCCUCGAUUUCUGGUUCUAUUGGUACCACCGGAUCAUGCACGAUGUCAACGGGCUCUGGAAAUACCACCGCACCCACCACCUGACGAAACACCCGAACCCGCUGCUCACGAUCUACGCCGACUCGGAGCAGGAGUUCUUUGAUAUCGCGGGCAUUCCGCUGAUGACCUACUUUGCGAUGAAAUUCAUGGGUCUGCCCAUGGGGUUCUACGAGUGGCAUAUCUGCCAGAUGUAUGUGCUGUUCGCUGAGCUGGCCGGGCACAGUGGGCUCCGGCUUCAUGCGUCACCUCCGAAUCCUUUGACCUGGCUGAUGAGGAUGUUUGAUGCGGAGUUGGUGAUUGAAGACCAUGAUCUUCAUCAUCGCAAGGGGUGGCGGAAGAGCCAUAACUAUGGGAAACAAACUCGCGUGUGGGAUCGUGUAUUCGGUACAUGCAGCGACCGGAUUGAGAGCGCGGAUGCCAAUGUCGAUUAUGACAAUCCGGUUGGCAUGCCUAUUUUUUAG